AUGGAGUAUGAUGAGAGGCUAGCACAUUUUCGACAAACCCGACUCAAUCCCUUUGAUCGUGGAGAGGAAGAUUAUGACCCCCAAGAUGGAAAGCCUGCUCCAGAGCAAGUUGACUGCUGGCAUAAGUGCACUCUUCCUUGUGUUGCUGCAGAGCCCAGAGCAGAGUUGUCUGGGACUGGGAGCUCUGACCGGACUAUGGACCUGGGUUUGGCUGAAGAUCACUUCUCUAGGCCUAUGGGUUCCUGUGUGGAUUCUGACAUUGAAAAGCUGAAACUUGCCAUUGAGGAAUGCAAGAAAUUGAUCUUGGAGUUGCCGGAGCACUCUGAGAAACAGAAGGACACUGUAGUUAAACUCAUCCACCUUCGCCUCAAGUUGCAAGAGCUCAAGGAUCCAGAGGAAGAUGAACCUAAUUUGAGAAUUUUGUUGGAACACAGAUUUUCUAAAGAAAAGAGCAAGAGUGUGAAACAGACGUGUGAUAAGUGUAGUGCCAUAAUCUGGGGCCUUAUCCAGACGUGGUACACCUGCACAGGCUGUUAUUAUCGUUGUCAUAGUAAGUGUCUAAAUUUGAUCAACAAACCAUGUGUGCGGUCCAAAGUCAGCCAUCAGUCAGAGUACGAGCUCAGUAUCUGCCCUGAGAUUGGUUUGGAUCGACAAGACUAUCGUUGCUCUGAGUGUCGGACCCCAGUUUCACUGAGGGGAGUUCCAAGUGAAGCCAGACAAUGUGAUUAUACAGGUCAGUAUUACUGUACCACAUGCCACUGGAAUGACACCGCUAUCAUCCCCGCCCGGGUUAUUCAUAACUGGGAGUUUGAGCCACGAAAGGUGUGCCGAUCUUCACUUCGCUACUUAGCUCUCAUGAUGCCGCGGCCUGUUCUCAAGUUGAAAGAAAUUAACCCUCUGUUGUUUAACUUUGUGGAGGAGCUGGUAGAGAUCAGAAAACUUCGUCAAGAUAUUCUCCUAAUGAAGCCUUAUUUUAUCACCUGUAAGGAGGCUAUGGAGGCGAGGCUUCUUUUACAGCUUCAAGACCGGCAGCACUUUGUGGAAAAUGACGAUAUGUAUUCGCUUCAAGAUCUGAUCGAUAUUUCGAGUGGGCGCCUCAGCUGUUCUCUCACAGAGAUUCAUACCACAUUUGCAAAGCACAUUAAAUUAGACUGUGAGAAAUGUCAAGCCAAAGGAUUUGUGUGUGAAUUGUGCAAAGAAGGAGACAUCCUGUUCCCUUUUGACAGCCACACUUCAGUCUGCCAGGACUGCUCUGCCGUCUUUCACAGGGACUGUUACUAUGAUAACUCCACAACUUGCCCAAAAUGUACAAGAAUGACUGGGCGCCAACAGGAUGAGCCAUUUGACAUACAAACUAGAUAA